GGUUAAAUACCCGCCUCCCUCCGGUUCUCUCCUUCUCUGCCUCCGUUCCUGAAGCAGGGCACAGCUUGAACGAACCCUCCACUCCGCAUCUCUCCCGCGAGUAAAAUAAAGAGAAGAAACCCCAGGAUUGCUUCUUGGUCCCGAAUCCCCAUUCAGAUCGCCAGCUAGGGGUUCUCCUUUUCCAUUAUCGGCGGCCAUGGACCUCCCGAGCCUCGCCGUUAUUCUCCAGGCUGCACUAAGCCCCAAUCCAGUCGAGCGGAAGGCAGCAGAGGAGAGCCUUAAUCAGUUUCAGUACACACCGCAGCAUUUGGUGAGGUUGUUGCAGAUCAUAGUGGAUGGUAAUUGUGAUUUGGCUGUGCGCCAAGUUGCAAGCAUUCAUUUCAAGAACUUUGUGGCUAAGAACUGGUCACCUGAUGAGUCUGGUGAUCCCCAAAUUAUCUCAACCAGUGAUAAAGGUAUUGUUAGGGAGAAUAUCCUUGGUUUCAUUAUUCAAGUUCCUCAAUUACUGAGAGUACAACUUGGUGAGUGUCUUAAAACAAUAAUCCACGCUGAUUACCCUGAACAGUGGCCAAACCUUCUUCACUGGAUUAAGUGUAACUUACAGUUGCAAGACCAACAUGUAUUUGGAGCUCUGUAUGUUUUGAGGAUUCUUUCUAGGAAAUACGAGUUCAAAUCUGAUGAGGAGCGGUUACCAGUCUAUCACAUCGUGGGAGAGACAUUUCCUCACUUGCUCAACAUAUUUCAUAAACUCAUUCAGAUCACCAAUCCUCCUAUUGAAUUAGCAGACUUGAUCAAGCUUAUUUGCAAAAUAUUCUGGUCAUCAAUAUAUCUAGAGAUACCAAAACAGCUUUAUGAUCCCAAUGUCUUCAAUGCUUGGAUGGUGCAUUUCUUGAACAUUUUAGAAAGACCAGUCCCUUUAGAAGGUCAACCAACUGAUCCUGAGCUCAGGAAAUCUUGGGGAUGGUGGAAAGUUAAAAAAUGGACAGUUCACAUCUUGAAUCGUCUAUACACACGGUUUGGGGACAUGAAGCUUCAGAAUCCAGAAAAUAAAGUUUUUGCACAAAUGUUUCAGAAGAAUUAUGCUGGAAAAAUUCUUGAAUGCCAUCUACGCUUGCUUAAUGCUAUUCGGACUGGUGAAUACUUGCCUGAUAGGGUUAUAAAUCUUGUUCUUCAGUAUCUUAACUGCAGUAUUUCAAGAAGUAGCAUGUAUCAGCUGCUGCAGCCACAAUUGGAUAUAGUUCUUUUUGAGAUUAUAUUUCCAUUAAUGUGCUUCAAUGACAAUGAUCAGAGAUUGUGGAAUGAAGAUCCUCAUGAAUAUGUUCGGAAAGGAUAUGAUAUCAUUGAAGAUCUGUACAGUCCAAGGACUGCAGCUAUGGACUUUGUGAGUGAAUUAGUGAGAAAACGUGGUAAGGGGAACCUUCAGAAGUUUGUUCAAUUCAUUGUGGAGAUAUUAAGGAGAUACGAUGAGGCGAGUAUUGAGUUAAAAACAUAUCGGCAAAAAGAUGGCGCUCUUCUUGCAAUUGGAACAUUAUGUGAUAAAUUAAAGCAAACUGAGCCUUAUAAGUCAGAACUUGAGCGUAUGUUGGUGCAACAUGUAUUCCCUGAAUUUACAAGCCCCGUUGGAUACCUUAGAGCUAAGGCAGCAUGGGUUGCAGGUCAAUAUGCAUACACUAAUUUUUCAGACCAAAACAAUUUCCGUAGAGCAUUGCACUGUAUUGUUUCUGGUUUGAAGGAUCCAGAGCUUCCUGUUCGUGUAGAUUCUAUAUUUGCAUUGCGUCCUUUUGUUGAAGCAUGUAAAGAUCUAGAUGAGAUACGUCCCAUGCUUCCUCAAUUACUUGAUGAUUUCUUUAAACUUAUGAAUGAGGUCGAGAAUGAGGAUCUUGUAUUCACUCUUGAAACGAUUGUUGAUAAAUUUGGUGAAGAGAUGGCUCCAUAUGCUCUUGGAUUAUGCCAAAAUUUGGCUGCUGCGUUUUGGAGGUGCUUGAAUGCAUCCGAAGCUGAAGAUGAAGGGGAUGACUCAGGUGCUCUUGCUGCUGUUGGCUGCUUGCGUGCCAUAAGCACAAUUCUUGAAUCUGUGAGCAGACUUCCUCAUCUUUACGUCCAGAUUGAGCCAACAUUGUUGCCAAUUAUGCGGAAGAUGUUGACUACAGAUGGACAAGACGUUUUUGAGGAGGUCUUAGAGAUGGUCUCCUACAUGACGUUUUAUUCCCCAUCGAUAUCUUUGGAGAUGUGGUCUCUUUGGCCUCUUAUGAUUGAAGCACUCAAUGAUUGGGCUAUAGAUUACUUUGAUAAUAUUCUUAUUCCGCUGGACAACUAUAUAUCCAGAGGCACUACACAUUUCCUAACAAGCAAAGAGCCUGAUUACCAGCAGAGCCUCUGGAAUAUGCUUUCUUCCAUAAUGGCAGACAAAAAUAUGGAGGAUAAUGAUAUCCAUCCUGCACCAAAACUUAUUCAAGUGCUAUUUCAGAAUUGUAAAGGUCAGUUGGAUCAUUGGGUUGAACCAUAUCUCCGGAUCACAAUUGAACGCCUUCUAAGAACGGAGAAGUCAUCCUUACGAUGCCUUCUAAUUGAAGUGAUUGCUGAUGCCCUGUAUUACAAUGGUUCUUUGACCCUUGGGAUACUGCAUAAGCUUGGUGUUGCGUCAGAAGUUUUCAAUAGGUGGUUUCAGAUGCUACAAGAGAUUAAGAAGAGUGGUGCUAGGGCGAAUUUUAGACGAGAAUAUGACAAGAAGGUGUGCUGCUUGGGGCUAACUUCACUUAUUGCACUUUCCGAGGAACAACUGCCAGCAGAUGCUUUAGGGCGUGUGUUCUGUGCAACUCUAGAACUUCUUGUGGCUUAUAAGGAUCAAGUUGCAGAAGCCAAGAAGGAAGCUGAUGUUGAAGAUGAUGAUAUGGAUGGCUUCCAAACUGACGAUGAUGAGGAUGAUGAAUCUGACAGAGACAUGGGUGAUGAUGAGGAGGAGGAUGGAGAUGAGGCAGACAGCCGAAAGCUCAAAAAAUUAGCUGCACAGGCAAAGGGUUUACAACCUGAGGAUGAGGAUGAUGCUGAUUCAGAGGAGGAUUAUAGUGAUGAUGAAGAGAUGCAAUCUCCUAUUGAUGAUGUGGACCCCUUUAUUUUCUUUAUGGAAACAGUGAAAGGCUUGCAAGCUGCAAAUCCUGCAAGAUUUCAGAAUGUCAUGCAGACCAUGGACUUCACUCAUCAGGCACUUGCUAAUGGCAUAGCUCAGCAUGCCGAACAAAGGAAGAUAGAAAUAGAGAAGGAGAAGAUUGACAAGGCAGCAUUAUCUUGAGAGAACAACGGUUGAAUUUUUAUUCCUUCAAAAACUUCCUUUGCAGUUGUUUAUUCAUUGGCAGGGGCCAUGGCCAUGGAGAUACUAUGGCUUGCAGUUCUUGAAUGAAUUGGUUGGUUGUGGAGUUCUUAGAGCUGAAGUUAUGUCAAUUUCUCUGUUCAUCGAGCUUGUCAGAAUUCUUGUCCCUGAAAGGGAGGAAGCUUAUACCAGAUGCUGGGUGUCUUCUGGUCUAUCUUUGCCUGCGCAAAUGUAUGUGUUGGCUGCUCGAGUUCAGGUGGUUAUUUUUUGUUCAGAAGCAUUUGCCUUCCUGGAAGGAAGGUAUUCAUAUUUUUGUCAGAUGAUCUUAUUCUUUUUUUUUUUUCUUUUUUAAUGGUAUAGGGUCUUAGUUAUUGUGAAAAAAAUUUGCUUUUGAUGUUCUUGAUGAUAGAAUUUUGUAUUUUAUGAGGUCGGCUAUGCUGUUUUUGGUUAAAACAGCAGGCCUUCAUUAUUUGGUGAUAUAUGAUUGCUUUUGCUGUUGGAUUUGCAAUCUCACCAAAUCCUAUGUUCAUAAAGUUGGAUCAUUAGAAGUGCUGUAAUAUGGUUAUGCUGUUAGUUCUUGUAAGCGUCCUUGUUGUUGAUUUGGAAGGGUUUUGCAUGUAAUUAAGCCUAAACAUUCUUUUUGUUGUGCAAAAAUUGUAUUCUUUUUUACUCAGUCUCUUAUUUUUGGUUAA